AUGGCCUCAUUACCAAAAAGAAUUAUCAAGGAGACUGAGAAGUUGGUGAGUGAUCCUGUUCCUGGCAUUACAGCAGAACCACAUGAUGACAACCUACGCUACUUCCAGGUAACAAUCGAAGGCCCAGAACAAUCGCCAUAUGAAGAUGGUAUUUUCGAAUUAGAAUUGUAUCUGCCCGACGACUACCCAAUGGAAGCGCCGAAAGUACGUUUUUUAACUAAGAUAUAUCACCCCAAUAUCGAUAGGUUAGGUCGCAUAUGUCUUGAUGUACUUAAAACUAAUUGGUCACCCGCUUUACAGAUCAGAACUGUGCUACUCUCCAUUCAAGCCUUGUUGGCUAGCCCUAACCCCAACGACCCUCUAGCCAAUGAUGUUGCUGAAGAUUGGAUCAAGAAUGAAGUAGGUGCCAAAGCUAAGGCUCGCGAAUGGACAAAACUGUAUGCCAAGAAGAAACCCGAGUAG